AUGGCCGAAGCGAAAUUAUUGUCUCCAAAACAUGACAUAAAGACGGAAAAUAAGAAAUUCAAGGGCUUUUUUAAAAAUUCAAAAACCAGCUUUCCUGGUGAGGAUAAUCGGGAAGAAAUGCUUACAGAUUAUGUCGAUCCAUUGAUCGGAACGCAAAACGAGGGCCAUGUAUUUCCGGGGCCUUGUCACCCGUAUGGAGUCGUCAAAGUUGGAUUUGACACGGAUAAUCUUAAAGACAACCAAGCAGGAUAUACUGUGGACGGAAAUAUUACUGGAAUUACUCAUUUGCAUGCUAGCGGAACAGGAGGCGAACCUAAAUACGGUGUCAUUUCUCAAUUCCCCAUAACCACCUUUUCGCCUUCUCACCUAACUUCAUAUUCGCGAGAAUCAUUUCCCCUAAAAUUAAACUAUCGAAUUUACAAGUCUCCUCGAUCUUUUGAGCAUUUUGAGGUUGGGUACAUGAGAUUUGGGUUAAAAAGAUAUAAUGUGACGGUUGAGUUGACGGCAUCGCGAAGGGCUGCGUUACAUCGAUACACGUUCCCUAUCGAAAACGAUGGAAAGAAGGUGGAUGCACAUGUAAUUCUAGAUUUAAGUCAUAUUUUAACUCAGGGUGGAAGUUCUCGAUAUUUGGGAGGCACAAUUUAUUCACUGACGCCCACGCAAAUUACUGGUGUUGGCUUAUAUGCCGGCGGGUGGAAUGAGGGUAUCGAGUAUAAAGUCUACUUUUGUUCACAAUUUGAUCAGAAAGCCAGUAAAUAUUCCACCUGGUGGAAUGGUAUGGUGAGUUCGAAUGUGACAUUUGUAAAUUCGUAUAACGCUCCUUACGAUCGUGUGCCUACUGGUGCUUUGAUGAGCUUUAACUUAGAAAAUAGUUCUUGUAAAAGCGAUGAGACUGAAAAUUGCGGAAGUAAUGAAGAACUUGUCGUGAAAAGUAGAGUAGGAAUAAGUUUCAUAUCAGCAAAGCAGGCGUGCCUCAACGCACAAGAGGAGAUACCCAAUUGGGAUUUUGAGAAAACCAAAAAACAUGCAGUUGAUGCUUGGGAACGCGAAUUGAAAAAAAUCAAGGUUAAAGGUGAAGUGAGGAAUAACUUGAAAAAGAUUUUUUACUCGGGAAUUUAUAGGACCAUGAUUAUGCCUAGUGAUCGAACAGGGGAAAAUCCAAAGUGGACAUCUUACGACAGCGAAGGAAAUAUUGUACCAAAUUAUGAUGAUUUUUAUACAUUGUGGGAUACAUUUAGGCAAUUAUAUACUCAAUCUUCAAUUCCGUUAUUCACGCUCUUCCAACAACAUCGCGUCAUCGACAUUGCAAAAUCGCUAAUUGACAUUUAUCAACACGAAGGCUACAUGCCCGAUGGUCGUAGCGGAAUGUCAAAUGGUAUUACCCAGGGUGGCUCCAACUGUGACAUGGUGAUAUCAGAAAUAUACCUUAAAAACCUUUCAUCCUUUUCAUAUAAUAACCAACCCUCUCCUAUAAACUGGACAGUAGCUUAUGAUGCCCUUUUAAAAGAUGCUGAGGUUGAUCCAUUUUAUCGAGGUCUAUUUGAAGGCCGAAUGUAUCUCUCCGAUUAUAAGCGGUUUCGGUAUAUUCCCACGCCUGAUAAUUAUGAGAUCAGAUAUGCUUACGUGCCAUGUAGUAGAACUUUGGAAUACGCAACUAACGAUUGGUCAAUUGCAUUAGUAGCUAAGGGGAUGAAUAGAACCGAGGAUUAUCGAAAGUACGGUGAACGCGCAAGAAAUUGGGAAAAUCUGUGGUGUGCGAACAAAGAAGUUGACGGCAUUAGAGGCUUCAUCCUACCUCGCUUCAAAAAUGGAUCAUUUGAUACAUCAUGGAACGUAUUCAAUAUUAAAGGCUAUACACCCUACUAUGAAGGUUCUGCGUGGGAGUAUAGUUUAGACGUGAUGCAUGACGUCCGUCAGCUAGUUAAUCUUUCUGGUGGCCCGCUUGCUUUCGAAGAUCGUCUCGAUAAAACAUUUCAUUCUGCAAGGUAUCCACUCAACAACAAAACUCUUUCAAUGAAAAACGCCUACCUCACUCUCUUAUAUAAUAUCGGAAAUGAACCUGAUUUUUUUCAUCCGUGUUUAUAUCACUUCAUCGGGAAACAACACAAGAGCGUAAGAUUGAUAAGAGAUAUUCUGGAGAUGAGAUUUGGAGUGGGACCCGGUGAUAUUCCCGGAAAUGACGAUUCGGGAGCAAUGGGAAGUUGGUUCGCUUUUCAUGCCAUCGGAAUAUAUCCUGUAGCCGGUCAAGAUAUCUACCUCAUAAACUCCCCACAUUUCAAUUCAACAAUAAUAGAUCUCUCUGUCACCGGCUCCACCUUCCAAAUCCUAGCACACAACCUAACUUCAACCAACAUGUAUAUCCAGAGAGCAAGGUUAAAUGGAAUUGAAUGGAGAAAAACAUGGUUUAGACAUAGAGACAUUUCCAAUGGUGGAAUCUUGGAAUUGUGGAUGGGUGAAAAGGCAUCAGAAAGCUGGGGAAUAAUUCCCGAGAGUGAAAACUCGGAAAUGUGGUUCUGGGAUAAUUCGAAUGUGAAUGUCGAAGACCGCGUUAUUCCACCAAGUUUAUCUGAUCUUAUAUACAC